UUAUUGCCUAGUCGAAUGUGUCACCAAUCGUUAUCUAAUAGAGAUAUUGUUUGGUAUACCUUUACCAGUGAUACAGUUUUGAGUAUACCAUUAUAUUUACUAAAUAUUAAAAUUUGAGGAAAUAUCAAGAUAACACUAAGCGUGAUUUAAAGAUGACAGAACUAAAAGGACAUAAUCUUGGAGCCAGACAGAAGUAUUUAAACUUAUUGUCAAAAUCCAUUGAACAAAAAGAUGUCUCUUUCAAAGACAUAGACAUUUCUGUCGGUGACAUUAUAAAUAUAGUCAAAAUUGAUUUGGCCAGUAAAAAUAGAAAUAUCAACUAUAUACUAAUUGUAUUACAAUGUGAAGAUAUGUUCUAUAUUUCAAGAGCUCUCAAGCAAUGUCCUUGGUUGAUAAGUGACAACAAUUAUGAAAAUAUAAUUAAUCCUGAAUAUCUUCAUAAAGUGUUAUACCCCAAAAUGACAACCAAGGCAGUCACAAAGUUAAAGAAAUAUAUAAAACUUAUCCUUAAAGAUUGCCAAAGAGUGGAACAGUUUUAUGCAUAUGAAGAAAAUGAAAAAGAAGCACUAGAGUGGUUGCCACACUGCUCUCCAGAUUUUAUAGUAACAAAUUUAAAGAAACAUAUGGGUCAUGUGGAUAUCCAUUUGCUGAAGCGUCUAUGUGAAAAAACAAUAGCAGCUCUAGAAAUUUAUUUGGACUGUAAUAUUAAUAUUUAUAAAAAACGAGAAGCAUUGCAAGCAACAACUUUUCUUCUAAAAAUUGACUUAAAUAAAUAUCUUGACCUUGUUGAAAAGCAUUCAGAGUAUAACUUAAAAUUUAAUAGCAAUUGCACAAAAUAUAUAUUACAGCAAGAUGCAUUAAGAAUUAUGAAUAACUUUGAAUUUUAUGAUUCAAUUAUAGAUAUCAAAACUUUUUUGGAUCAUUUGAAAAAAGAUAAUGUCAAACAUUUUCUGUAUAGGCUUUUUGAGAGUAAAAAAUCUAAAGAGAGAGGAUUUAUCAAGUUUGAACUCUUAGUAAACUUUCUCACUGCUAUGUCGGAAGCUGACCGUUUGGAAAUAGUAAAGCAAGUAUUUUUGGAUAAAAUACAUUUAAUAGAAGAUAAAUGCCCUCUACCAAAGCCACAUAGAAUUUCUAUGAACAAUUUAUAUACCUUUGUGUGUGCAUGUAAAUGGCAUUUUGAUUAUGACCAUUACUGGUACCGUUUCACUUCUUUUGAUUUUGCUUAUCCACAAAUUAUGGAAAUAAUUUCUAAAGAAAUGUCUGUUGAAGAAAUAAACUCAAUUAUUGAAACAUUAAUCAUUGUAGCUGCUAAUUCUGAAGAAUCCCUUACUGAAUUGGUUGAAUAUUUAUGUAAGAAGUAUAAAAAUGGUGAUCCACGCAUAAAAAAAUCUUUAAUUCUUAAUAUAAUUAAACACCCUGUAAGUUUUAAUAGAAACACAUGGGAAAAAUUCAAAAAUACUUUUAUGGGUGACAUUCUUUAUGAAACUGAUGAGCCAAACUAUGAUGAAAAUUUUGUUCAGUUGUCUAUGGAGUUAAUAAUAAUACACGAAUUAAUUUUUACUGGAAAAAUAUCAGAUAUUAUUCAAAAGAGAUUUAAAUUUAAUUCCUUAAAGACAUAUCAGAAGAAACUGUCUGAGGAAAGUAGAGAGAAAUUAUUUGAAGUUCUUUUAAAUUUGAUUACUAACAAGAUCAAUAGCCAUGUAGAACUAAAUAAACAAGAAUAUUUAAAGAAAUUUGAUUUACUUGAUAGUGCUUUAGAUUUGCUAAAUGACUGGAAUAAAAAACUUUGUGAUUAUCCUGUCAUACUUAACAUGAUUACAGAUUUUGUUAGGGUCAGUGAAGAGAACUCAUGGGAUAUAGACUUCUCUAAAAUAUACAAUAAAAACAAAUCUUGGCGUAAAGAUUUAUUUGAUGUUUCUUUAAAAAUGCACCCAAGCCAAUCAGUACUAUUGAAUAUUUUGAAGCAUGAUCCAUCUUUACUAGAAGGAUACACACAGAUUGAAAAUAAACUAUAUAGAAAAGGUGCCUCCUUGGACCAAUUCCACAAAAAACUGAAAAUAUUUUGGCCAGAAUCAAUAUCAAAGCAAUUGGUUCAUACCUAUGAACAGCAACUCAAAAGUGGUAGAUGCAACAAAGCUGUUAUUCGUGCUUUGUGUAUAUGCAUGCCAAGAGACAGUCUGCUACAACUUCUCAUUCAAUACAUCCCACAACAAGAUAAAAUAAAUUGGGCUACUAUUGAUGAAGGGAACUUAAACAUACAACAGAAUUUGGCUAUGAAUAUGCAUGUAGCUCGUCCCCAACCUGGGCCAGAUAUAGUCUUGAAUUAUGCAAAAGGUGAUCAUGUUCCCCAUACUUUACCUGCCCUUUAUUCUAUCUUUUAUAAUUUGAAUCAGUCACAAUCUCAAAAGUUUAUUCCUAUGCUUUUAAAUAGAAAAGUGUCUCUACAAAAGCAUGGAAUCCGUUUAGCAUUCAUGAAGCUUUUACCAAUGGAAGUAAAAAAAUUACUAUCUGAAGUUCUUAAAGAAAAUAAAAAUUUGACAAUUAGACAUGUAGCUUUUACAUUGACAUUCAAAGUCUUGUGUAAACAAAAUGACUCUGCUAGAAUCCAUCAUUUAUGGCCUAUUAUGGAUAAUUUUUUGAGUGAUUUAACACAUGAAGAAAAUAACGCAAUUUAUGACUUAUUGUUUCAAGUCGAAAAUUUGCCUCGCUCUGUACAAUCGCAAUUUUUUUGUAAAGCUUAUAUGUUUCUUAAGAGUCUCAUGACAUCUAAGAAAGACUAUUAUGCAGAUAAGAAGUAUUCCUUCAGGAAUUUAAUUAACUACGCGCGUGAAAAUUGUAAUCAACUACCUCCAGAAUUUUUAAAAAGUAUAUUGUUAGAAUAUAUAAAUGAGCUUCCAAAAAAAGUUGAUAAUGUUGAUAACAGUUCUAAAAUAGCAUUACUUUCUGCUUUUAUACUCUGUUCAGAUACAAAAGAAUCAAUACGUGAGAAAUGCCAAUCGGUUUUAAUACCAUUUCUACAGAAAUGUUUUAAGCAUUGGAAUGACAUUAACAAAGAUGUAGAAAAUAAGGAAAUAAUAGAAGAGUCAAUGUAUUUUGUAAGGCUUUGCUUCCAUGAGUUUAUGAAUACAUUUUCAAAGGAUACUAGAAAAUUUAUAUCUGAAAAAAAUACAAUUGUUCCUACGGAAGCAUUUGAAAUCAUAAGAAAUGAGUUUCAACAAUUUAUAGGUACUAAUUGCGGUUAUUACUUAACAUUGACAAUGUUGCAACUUAACUAUACUUUUUUAUUUAUUUUUGAAUCAUGCAAAAAAGAUGGAGAUGAUUGGGAUAAAACUUGUUCUAGAAUGUUGCCGGGAAUGGCCCAAGCAUUCAGUGAUCAUCUUAAAGACCACUGUAACAAAUAUUUCACACAUGUGUAUGUUUUAUUUGAAAAAGUACUAAAUACUAUCCUUUCACAAUACCUAACAAAAAGCAUGAUUUUAGAAUUUCUAAAACAUUUAUUAAAUUGUGAUAAGUUUAUUCCUCUGUAUCUGGUGGUAAUUAAGUUGCUUUGUUACCAUUCAGAUGGAUCAGAUGAAAAUAUAAAGACUGUUAAAGAUUUACUUGCAACUAUUUCUAGUCAUACUUCACCUGAAGUACAAAUACAUUACUUCCAUUGCCGCAACAUUCAACUUAAAAGCAUUACAGAGUCUAUUAUAUGUGACAGAAUAAAGCAGAAAUAUGACGAGAGUAUGCAAGUUGAUUCUUAAAACAAAAAAAAAUGUUACACUAAUCUUAAUUUUUUUUUGAGAUAAUUUAAGUGUUUGGAAUAAAUAAAAUAAUGUCAA